AUUCUUGCUCGAUUCACAUCAACCGACAUGGCGUCUUGCAGCAAAACUCAGGUCAUCUUGUUGUACAAAAUGCUUAUAAAAGAGUGUAAAAAAUUACCGUCUUAUAAUUACAGAACGUACGCCCUUCGUAGGGUGAAAGAUGGUUUCAGAGAAAAUCUCCACGAUGACAACCCAAAAUCUCUGGAUAGACUGCUUAAUCAGGCCCGUGAGAGUCUUGCUGUCAUCAAGCGACAGGCGUCCAUUGGCCAGAUGUACUCAGCUCAGAGGACCAUCGUGGAGGAAACUGGGGUGCACAGGGACAUCUGAGUGUGUAGUAAAGUCAUGGGGAUUGUUGUUACAAUAGACACAGUCUUAGAUAUCUUAAGACCAGAUUUUGGUCAGUCAGUCACGUUUAGCUGUUGGCACAGCACUGUAGCACGUCCUAUUGCCAAAGUAACAUAGCACUUAAGCAAGCAAGCAUUUCUUUUACAACACAUUGUAAUCAUUUGUGAUACUCCUUUUUUGCAGUCAUGGCCAUAUCUACAUUAAACGGUAAUCUGUUAAGUUGUGUUUUCUUUGGGAUGAAUGGUUUUAAAAACCUUACUCUUUCAAAUCAUUGUCUGUGGUGUCUAAGCCAGUGAUUCUGAAUUGGUGGCUUGUGACCAGAUUUGAGCUUGGAUGGGGUUUUGAAUGGGGUGUGGGUGUCUUGAGCAAAAUAAAUAAACAUGUCCUCCUGCU